CGUAGAUUUGGUAUUCGAGACGUGAUCAGCAUCAAAUUCAGAGAGAAGAAGAUAAGAAGUAAUAGAAGCUGACUUCAGACUUCUGAAAUAAGAUAACUUUUCUCGGCUAGUAUUUUUCUUGCCUUUCUGUACUCGAAAAAAAAGAAAAAAAAAUACAUGUCGAAUGUGAUUUUAACAGAGCCACUUGUCCAGCUUUCGUAAUACUUCGUUUUCAAUUGAAAUAAAAAAAGAAAUUGUCAAAUAAUUUUGACAAGUACAGAUGAAAAAUUCAACUUGAAUUAUAUGUCAAGAUGAAUAAGGAUGUGGAACUUUUUAAACAUUCAACGAGCACAUAAAAUCAAUCAAUUUAAAUUUAUACAGACAAGCCAAAGUACGAGACAUAAAUCUGAGAAGGACGCGUUAAAUUCAAAAUACGCGAAAUCAAUUCGCGAUUUUUUGCGUAAAGUCACAUUGGCCUUGGAUUUGAAAUCAAAGGAAGUCGAGGAAUUAUUUUCUGCGGCGACAAAAAAAAUUGACGACUCAAUAAAGGCGAAUAAUCAUUUGCUAAAUAAGGAAAUUGAACAAGCAAAGCAAUCAAUUUUGGAGAUAGCGCAAAUUUCCAAACUUCAAUUAGAAGCAAACAAAACGUGUUUCAAUCAAUAUACACAAUUAAUUGAGAACAUUAAAAAACAAUUUAACAACAAAAUUCGCAAUUGUAGUGAACAAACUGUUAUUCAACUUGAAAAUGUACGAAGUAAAUAUGAAAAUAAUUUAGAUGAUGUUCGUGAUUUAAAAAAAUUAACAACACGCGCACUUAAGGAAUGUUUAAAUAAAAAAGAUAACAUUAAAUUAUGCGUAGAAACUGAAAAUAAAACAGCGCACGAGAAAUAUCGAAAUCUUUUGGAAAAAUUAAAAAAUUCGUCAAAUAAUUCAAUUGAAACUAUUGAUCAAGUUUUAAAAUCAGCGAAUCUCUGCUUAAAAAAUGCACAAAUUGAAGUUACAAAAACUCUUCCUGAAAUUAUCGAGAAAACCACCAAUUGCAUUAAAUAUUCAAAUGAAAGAGAUAAAAAAUCUCAGAAAAUUGAAAAUAAUUUUCAAAAAAAAAAUAAAGAAAAUUCAUUGAAUACGAUUACAAUUUCAAUAGAAUUGCCAAAUGAAGAAAAUAAUACAAUAAUUCGUGAUGAAAAAUUGGAAUGUCUUCGUGAAGCACAAAAAGAUGCUCUAAAUAUAGUAAAUUUAGUUUUACAUGAAAUUACAACAUCGGAAAAAUUUACACAAACUUUAAAAAAGUCCAAUAAAGAAGAUCGACAUUUACAAGAAUUAUUUCAAGAGGCAAAACGAGUUAUAGAAAAAUGCAGUGAAAAUGAUUUUAAUAAAAAUAACGAAGUCGAUAUUCUCAAGUGUCUCAGUGAUAUCUUUGAUUCCAUAAAAUCCAGCAAGUUGGAGAUGAUAAAAAAAAUUCAAUCUUUAAAUUUAAAAAAUGAUAAAAAAAAAUCAAACGUUGAAAUUGAUAAGGCCUUAGAGUGGAUAUCGUCAGCUGAAGAAAAAUUACAAAAGCUUAAAGAAAUAUUCAAAGACUGUACAAAAUCAGAAAAGAAAUAAA